CCUGUUUGCAUCUUACAGUAUCGCUGCCCUGCAACGCGUCAUGACGUCACUGCGGUGUCAUUUUUAUUUACACGAGACUCCAGCUGUUACAUUGACUCGGCAAACAGAGUCGAUGUGUGUGUGUGUGUGUGUGUGUCCGUGGGUGUGUGUCAUCGCCACGUGAUCCAGCUCGCCAAUGUCCUUCUACAACCCACUCAGCAUCAUGGCUGCGGAUGCUGCGGAUGCUCUCCUCCCGCACCGCAUCCCCGGACCAUGCCUCCUGCCCCUGCUGCUCCUGAUCGCCUCCGCUCUCCCCACACCGAGCCACGGGCUGCUGGGCUUCCGACCGGAGGACACGGGAGGAGAUCUGUCCGUGCAGGACGGGCUGCUGAAGGCCACCGAAGGGACGCGGUUCAUGUUACGCGUGUACUAUGCAGCAUCCCCGCAGAGGCUCAACCGGACCGUCAGCGCAGCCGCGCCGUGGAUCGCUUUCAUAGAAGAACCGGAGCCGGGCAGAGAGGGGCAGGUGCAUCCCAAACGCAACUUGUGCGUGGAGGAGAGCGCGAGGAGCUCGGACAUAGAGCUGCUCGGUUCUUUCAAGUCAGCCUCCAGCCAGAACUCCAUCCUGGUGGAGCUUCUCGCCAAAGACCUGCGGAGAGGAGAGAACAUCAAGUAUUACUCCAUGUGCGCCUUUGACGGGAUCAAAUGGGAGCACUACCGGACGCGAGACUUCUGGCUGGCGGUGGUGGAGCGACCGCCGCACACGGACGGUUGGUUGCAGGCGGGUCUGUCGGUGCUGCUCCUGGCGCUUUCCGCGCUCUUCAGCGGGCUGGUGAUCAGCAUGCUCGCGCUGGACCCCGUGGAGCUCAAAGUGCUGCAGAACAGCGGCACGGACAAGGAGCAAAAAUACGCGCACAAGAUCGAGUCAGUGCGCAAACACGGCAACUACGUUCUGUGCACCCUGGUGCUGUGCAACGUGCUCACCAACACUUUUUUGGUGGUCUGGAUGUGCCAGAUCCUCGGAGUGACGCCCGUCUCUACUGCGGCGUGCACUUUUCUCAUCUUCUUCAUCGGAGAGAUCCUGCCGCACUCCGUAGCGUCCAGGCACGGGCUGGCCAUCGCGUCCAAGACCGUGUGGCUGACCAAGAUGCUGAUGCUGCUGACUUUUCCGAUCACAUACCCCAUCAGCAAACUCCUAGACAACAUGCUGCACCAGGAAAUCAGCAACUUCUACACCCGCGAGAAGUUACUGGCUAUGCUGAGAGUUACAGACCCUUAUCAUGACCUGGUGAAAGAAGAGCUGAACAUCAUCCAGGGAGCUCUGGAACUCAGGAGCAAAACUGUGGAAGACGUGCUGACCCCUCUCAAUGACUGCUUCAUGCUGGCCUCGGAUGCCGUGCUGGACUUCUACACUAUGUCAGACGUGAUGCAGAGCGGAUACACUCGCAUUCCCGUGUUUGAGAACGAACGGUCUAAUAUCGUCGAUAUACUGUUCGUCAAAGAUCUGGCCUUUGUUGAUCCAGAUGACUGCACACCGUUAAAGACCAUCACUCAGUUCUACAAGCACCCGCUGCACUGUGUCUUUAACGACACCAAGCUGGACGCAAUGCUGGAGCAAUUCAAGAAAGGGAAAUCUCAUUUGGCUAUCGUGCAGAGGGUCAAUAACGAGGGAGAAGGAGAUCCCUUCUACGAAGUCAUGGGCAUCGUCACUCUAGAAGACGUCAUCGAGGAAAUCAUCAAGUCUGAGAUCGUGGACGAAACGGACCUCUACACUGAUAACCGUACGAAGAGAAGAGUGUCUCACCAUGAGAGGAAACAGCAAGAUUUCUCCAUAUUUAAACUGUCCGAGAGUGAAAUGAAGGUCAAAGUUUCACCACAGCUUCUGCUCGCAACGCACCGCUUUCUAGCAACAGAAGUAGAGCCUUUUAAGUCGACGCACCUCUCGGAGAAGAUCCUCCUGCGGUUGAUAAAGCACCCGAGCGUGGUGCAGGAACUCAAGUUUGAUGAAAAAAGCAAGCGGUCACCAAAACACUACCUCUUCCAACGCAACAAGCCGGUGGAUUAUUUCGUCCUCAUUUUGCAGGGUCGAGUGGAGGUAGAGAUCGGUAAGGAGGGACUAAAGUUUGAAAACGGGCCGUUUACAUACUACGGCUUGCCUGCCAUCAUGACCAUCCUACCCACAGUCCACAGAUCCCCGUCCCGGAGCAGCGGUCUCAAUCAUUCAGAUACUACAAUCCACGGAGGCAGUCUGGGUCAACUGAGCAUCAGCGGAGGACCGUAUUUACCAGACUAUUCGGUUCGCCAGCUCACAGACCUACAGAUCAUUAAGAUCACUCGUAACCAUUAUCAGAACGCCCUGACAGCUACGCGCAUGGACAGCUCACCGCAAACACCCGACGCAGAGAGUCAAGCGCCCGGGGAGAGGAUGACGAUCCCUGAGACGCGCUCCAACAGCAUCGCCCUUCCCCUGACAGAACCACGGCCCUGUCUGACCCGAUUCCACCAGCACAGCCACCUCUACAGACAGCCAGACAGCACCACCACCCUCAACGAGAGGAACCGCAUCGUCCGAAGUAAGUCAGAUGGACAGAAGAGCCCCAGUGACUCUGUGUUCCUGCGUAUGGAUGAUACCCCAUAUAUAAGAGACAAUCGCAUGGAGAGAAAAGAAGGAACCGAUGCAACGGCCGUAGCCAUGGAGACGGACCUGUCCACAUCCCAGCUCAUCGGAUCUCACUCUCUGGGCGGCUCGGAUGAGAACCUGGGGAAAAAACUGCUCCGGAAACUCAGUGUGUAUCAGCUGACAAGCACCUGACUGAAUCGCAAAUUUCUGAAUCUGCCCAGCAACAAAAAAAGAAAGAAGUCUCGUGAUGGAGAUAAACCUUUGGAAGACAAUCCUGAACAAUCGCAGGUGAAGACCUAGCACUCAUUGCAUGGGUUUGCUCAUCUCUUGCUUCUCCCACAAAUGUGAAAUCUUCUCCAGCCUUCCUCUGGAUCCCGAGUGAGAGAAAGCACAACCCAGUGUACAAAGACCACCACAACAGAUGUAGCAUCAGAAAACCUUGCCUUCAGGAAAAUACUGUUACAACAAACCUGAAACAUACAACAUGCAGCAAGACACAUGUUUUUUUUUGUUUGUUUUUUUCAUUGACGAGAUGCUACGUAACCGUUGAUACGCUACAAUUUUGAUGGCGGUUUAUGAUGAUGUCAUCUACAGUCACUGUGGCAAUGACAUUCUGACCUCUGACCCCCGGGCAAAGCCAGCAAGCACAAGCCUGGAGACCCGAAGCCAACCGUUUGACCAAUGAGAGGGCAGAACCUUUAGUAUGGUCAUCUUUCAGUAGAAACAAAGUGUUUAUCGUGUGAUUUUCUAUCAUAUUAAGUAAGGUAUUUGUCAGGCUGUGCCUGGAGCUUAAUAUCAGCGCACUUUGAGACAGAUCAGACCCAUUUAUUUCAUAUUCUGUUGAAUAGCCGAGGUGUUGACAGAGAAAAAUACCUAUAUUAGGUAAAAGCUGUCAGAAUCUUUUUUUUUCUAUUUCCUGUGUUCAAAGUAUGAAUGUCUUAUGUUGAUUUCUUAUCAUUUCGCUUCGAUUUUUGCACUUCCUUUCAGCUGAGAGCACAGGGUACAAAGAGAUAUGGCUUUUUUCUUUUAAGCUAUUUUAGGCCAUAUUCAAUAGUUUUUAAAAAUAGCCCGAGAUGGGAGUGCUAAUGGUCCAAGCACAUAUAUUUGACAAUAUAAUUAUUUGUUUAAUGAUAAUGACAUUUAGUAUAUCAGCAUGCUUUUCUCAAACAGCAGUGUUAUUAUUGUUAUUACUAGAACAGCAUUGUGUUUACUGUAUGAAAUAGUUAGGAUAUGCACAAGCCAUAACUUGAACAAACUUGAAGCAUUGAUACUAAAACGUCACCUCAGAUAUAAAUAUAUAUAAAAAUCAUAAGCAAUAUCCAAAACAUGCAAGAAGCCUAUAUAGUAUUUUGUUUUGAGCCCUAAUAAUUUACUGCAACAAGCUGAAAAUCUCAUCCACGUUUCAUAAGCAUGCCACUACAUGAAUUUCAUCUUCAAGCUUCAUACCUUCUGUAAAUUAGAGCCUUUUUAAAAUGGCGUUCAUACCACCAUUCAAAAGUUUGAAGAUGGUAAGAUUUUUUUUAUAAGCAAUUAACACUUUUAUUUAGAAAGGAUGCUUUAUACUGAUUAAAAAAGAGAUAUUUAUGUCAUUUUAAAAAACAUAUUUUAAACAAAUAGCUUAUUUGAACAUCUAAUAAUAUUUAAAAAAGGCAGAACUUUAAUAAGAGUAAUUAAUAAUAUGACGGAUUUCAGAAAAAAGGAUCCUGUGGCACUGAAGACUGGAGAAAUUAAGCUGAAAAUUCAGCUUUGCAUCACAGAAAUAAAUUACAUUUCAAAGCAUAUUUAGAUAGAAAAUAGCUAUUUUAAUUUAUAAUGACAUUUGACAGUAUUGGCGUUUUACUGUAUUUUCAAUCAAAUAAAUGUAUUGAGUAUAAGAGACUUUUUUCAUAAACAAAAAAAUCUUACUGACCUCAAACUCUUGACCGGAAGUACAUGAUCACUCAAGCAUCAGAAAAAAAUAUCUGAUCACUGGUACACUGCCAUGACUUUCCCAGCAUGUGUUCAUGACAAACUAACCAAUCAGCUCAUCCCUGCCAACAACAGGUCACAUGAUUACAUUAUGCCAGGGGAUUAUACAUAGGAUGUGUUUUGCAUGAAAGGCUGUUUUUUACAGAGUAUGUCGAGUUAAUACCUCUCUCCUGCAUGCACGCAGCAGACACUGGUGAUAUGUAGAGACUGUUGGGCCACAAGCGAGACACUUUUUUGCCUCUUUUGCUAAGAGUGACCUACCGUACCACCAGGAAGUCGAACACAGAAAGCACAAAGACUCAGGCAGGAAACCACUGAGUGUCUGUUACUUUGCCCUUGAUAUUUAUCCCGAAUAUUUAAUAGCAAUAACCAAGCUAGCCCUUUUUAUAAAGUUGCUUUGCAUCUUGAUGAUCUGGAGCGAACUGAAUGUGCCCGCUUGCUUUCAGGUCACAUGGACACUUUGCGUUGUGCAAUACUGUGAGCUAAAGUCACUGUACGGAGAGCGCAUGCUGACAGAGAAAAAAAGAGGGAAAGGAGAGGGGGCAGCACUUUUUGACGUCAUCGUGCUGCAUUGCAGGGUGGGCCGAGUGACGCAUGUUGACGUCUGGAUCAACCCCUUCAAACAAACACAUCCACUCUGAUUGAGUCGGACAACACAUUCAAUGACGUGUAUAUUUAAGCCUUAAACUGCGGGUAUUUGCUAAAUCGUCUCCAGCUUUCGCUCUCUGUACAGUGAGUUGGCCGAAGGAUAGAUAUAUGUUUCUACAGAGUUUACAAGAAUUCUAUUUGAAAACACCUGAUGAAUUGUGUAUGACUUUACAAACGAUGCUCUGAUUAUAUAACAUACAUAUAUAUAUAUAUAUAUAUAUAUAUAUAUAUAUAUAUAUAUAUAUAUAUAUAUACACAUAAAGAGAAUAUCAAAUGUUCUAUUAAGUCUUGAUGUGGUAUUUCAGAAUGAGAAGUACCAUUGACCUCCCAAUAAAUUAAGAU